AUGGCAUUCGCUCCAUCGGUAUCAGCCUUCUCUCUACCACUUCCCCUGUGGCAACAAGAUCCAAGUGUUCGGGUUGCGAAGUAUGAAUCUAGGAAGCGCAGAAACCAGUAUGAUACAGGAGAAGACGAAAGCGACAAUAACGGGGAUGAUGGCGAGACCACGGAUGCUGUGUCGGAAUUUGGACCCACGAACCCACCUAUGAUCUUGUCUCCUGAGGAAGUUGGCCAGUACCGUGUUGCAGGUCUUCCCUUUGACGAGGAAUUACCUGGUGGUCAUUUCCCGCAUGGCCCGGCCAAAGAAAGGAACCGAAAAGUAAACGAUCGUCACUCAAUUGAGAAACAGUUGUCGAACCUCUCACCCCCCUUAUAUGCGCCUCAGUCUGCAGCACGUCAAGGGAAUCUCCGGCUUCACCACCUUUCGGUGCUCACUUCCGUGCUUCAUCGGUGUCUUCUCGAUGGGGAUUAUAUCCGUGCGGGCAAGGCAUGGGGUCUGCUGAUUCGAGAACAGUUUAGGGGUCAACCAAUUGACGUGCGUUCCGAGGAUAGAUGGGGUAUUGGCGCAGAAAUAUUACUGCGAAAAGACCACCAGAUAUCUCGCAGAGUAUCUGAAGGCGCAUCAACCGACGGCGAUGGAUAUCACGGGUCUGGUGCUUUCUCAAAGCUUCUAUUCACCAGAAAAGGGUUCGAAGAUGCCAAGGAAUAUUACGAGACACUCAUAAUUCAGCAUCCAUACCAAAAGCAUGCACCGAACGCUAUAGAUGCAUUGUACUUUUAUCCAGCCAUGUUUGGUUUAUGGGUAUACGUCACACAAGAAGAAAGUGUGGCUGCACGUGGAGAUCUCGAAGACCGGGAUCCAGCCUCACUGAGGGAAGCCUGGGAAGACGAAGACGCCAACUCUGAGAACGGCAGUCGAGACGACUGGCAGGAGAAAUAUCAGAGGCUCACCGCUGGCGUUAGGGCAAAGGAAUUGGCCGAAGCUUAUAGGAUUUCUGCGAGGAUGGAUGGGCUUCUUACAUCACCCCCGUAUUCAGACAGCCCGGAAUUGCUUGAGCUGCGGGGCAUGGUGUCUCUCUGGAUCGCCGAUCUGCUCAUUUCAAGCCUGCCUUCUGGGGACAGUGUUGAUGAAGACGAAGUUAGUUACACCGGAAUGGGUAAUGUUGAUGAUGAUAAUGAUGUUUUCAUGUCCACGGCGAAACCUGAUAAUGUGGAAGCGAGACAAGAGCGGCGAGCGGCCAUGGAAAAGAGAGAACUGGAAAUUACCAAGUCGACAGAAUACAUGGAGAAGGCCCAACAACGGAAACGGGGAGUUGAUUCCAAAAUGCAGGAUUUGCACAUCGUCAACGACAUGUCUCUGCAUUCAUCCGAUUCCAAUUGA